ACAUAUCUAUCACUAUUAUAUACAUGGACCAAAAGGAAAUGAAACUAAUGCUAUAAUAAAAGACAUAAGCCCUUUCAACAACAUCGACAUUCAGAUUUCAAUGUUUGAAAAAGGAAAAGUACCGAAGAUUGUCAAUCUUAGGGAGAUCAAAGAUGACAUGCAAACAUUGUAUAUAAAUACUGCAGCAGAUAGUUUUGAGUUUAAGGCACUUGUUGAAGGAGAUGGUAUAGUGGAAGGCAUCAUCCGAUAUCAUCCCUUCCUGUAUGAUAAAGAGACAUACCCUGAUGAUCCAUGUUUUCCAUCAAAAUUAAAUGAUGAUGACGAUGAUGACGACUGCUUCAUAGUAGACAAGGGUGCCAGAGGAAAAAGGCCUAUUUUUGAAUGCUUUUGGAAUGGAAGAUUAAUACCAUACACAACUGUGGAAGAUUUUGACUGGUGCGCUCCUCCAAAGAAGAGAGGAUUAGCACCAAUUGAAUGCUACAACAGAAUUUCUGGUGUGUUAUUUACCAAUGACAAGUUCCAGGUCAGCACAAACAAACUCACUUUCAUGGAUCUGGAGCUGAAGUUAAAAGAUAAGAAUACUCUGUUUACGAGAAUCUUCAAUGGACAGGAGCAGCGAAUGAAAAUUGAUAGAGAAUUUGCUUUGUGGCUCAAAGACUGUCAUGAAAAAUAUGACAAACAGAUAAAAUUCACAGUUUUUAAAGGAAUAACUACACGUAGUGAUUUACCAUCCAAAAGAAUGCAGAGCCCUUGGACAAUAUAUGCUGCAAUAGAGUGGGAUGGGAAGACAUACAAAACUGGACAGCUGGUGAAAACUGUUAAGACUCUUCCAAUAUUCUAUGGAACUAUUGAGAAAUUUUUUUUGUAUGGAGACCAUGAUGGGGAUAUAUUUGCCACUGGAGGAGAGGUUCAAAUUGCUUUGGAACCUCAGGCAUUGUAUGCUGAAAUGAAAACUAUUCCAAUCUCAAAACUUGACAGAACAGUGUCUGAUAAAGCUGUUAAAAAAUACAUAGAGGAUGAAAUGGCAAGACUUCCUGACAAAUUAUCAGUAACAUGGCCUGAAGGAGAUGAGUUAAUACCAAAUGAAACAAGAUUUGCUGGUACACCAAUAGGAGCGUUAAGAAUAGAAAUUUUGAAUAAAAAAGGAGAAGCAAUGCAGAAACUUCCAGGUACAAGCCAUGGAGGUUCAAAGAAACUUCUUGUUGAACUCAAAGUUAUUUUACAUUCACCUACUGGAAAUAAAGAAAUAAUUUCCCAUAUCAGUCAGCAUGGAGGAAAAUGGCCAUAUUGGUUUAAAAAAAUGGAAAAUCUUCAGAAACUUGGGAACUACACUUUGAAACUACAAGUAGUAUUGAAUGAAAGUAACGCAGACACUUAUGCAGGGAGGCCUCUACCAUCUAAAAUAUUUAAAUUUACUAUUAUAGAGGGCAAACCAGAGAAAUUUUCAGUGGGUCUUUUGGACCUUCCUUUUCGAGUUGGAGUGCCUUUUAAUAUUCCUUUGGAAUUACAGGAUGAAUUUGGUCAUGCAACACAGCUGACAACUGUCAUUAAACCAGUUCUUGAAGCUAGUGGAUUGACACUGGAGUACGAAGAAAUAACUGUAGGAACAAAGUGCAUCAUUAAAGGUGUCACUGCUAAAGGCUGUGUAAAUAGUUGCCAGGGCAAGAACUUUAAUCUGAAGGUUACUCUUCCUGGUUUGAAAGAAGACACACAAAUCUUUAAAAUAAGAUUGCAGCCUGGCCCUCCUCAUCAAUUGAAAGUAAAACCAGAUUCUGAAGUUCUAAAGAUUGAAAAUGGUACAGCUUUCCCCUUUCAGGUUGAAGUACUGGAUGAAUCAGGAAAUAUAACAUCACAGCCAAAGUUGAUAGUUCACUGUAAGUUUUUAGGUGCUUCAAACCUUCCUGUAUAUUCUGUGGACUGCAGUAAUGCGGGAACAAACAUUUUAACUGGUCCAGUUAUACAUGUACAGAAUAUCAAGAAAGACCAGGUGCUGAAAGCAAGGAUUGAAAUUCUUAGUUGUAAGGAUGUGCCACCAGUGGAAAAGAUUAUUAAACUUCUUCCUAGCAGUCAUGUUGCAAGAAUACAGAUCUUAAGUAUGGACGGACAAAAAGCUAUUCAAAUUAAACAUCAGGAUGAAAUUAAGUGGGUUGCUGGCAACGUCAUGCGCAACCUUAUAUUUCAGAUGUAUGAUGAAGGAGAAAGGGAGAUAAACAUAACUCCAGCUUUGGCAGAAAAAAUCAAGGUUAACUGGACACCUAGAAUUAACAAAGAACAGUUGGUUCAGGGAUUAUUACCUGAUGUAAAAGUACCAACAUCAGUAAAAGAUGUACGUUACUGUCUAAUUACUUAUCUUGAUGACCAUGUGUCUUUGGAGAGUGCAUUCACAGUCAGACCACUUCCUGAUGACCCCAAACACAUUAAGUGUAAAUUAAAAGGACCAAACACACUGCAGUUGGGUGAAGAACUACAAAGUGAAAUUGAUGUAAUGAUUACAGAUCAGUAUGGAAAUCAGGUUCAGACAGUGACAUCUGCAUGUGUAAAUUCCCUAGGAGUUUCUGGACCUGGACUUGAUAAAUCAAAUUUGAAAAUAACUUGGCAGGAAAGUACUCUAACAAUGAGAGUAAAAGGUAUUCGGUUUAAACCUUGUUUACUUGGAAGCAAAGAAUUGUGCUUCGCCUGGCGUGAAUUUUCUGACUUUCUCAGAGUAAAUUUAACUGCAGGAUCCCCUGCUAAAUUGCAGUUUGUGGAUUGGCCAGACUUAGAAAAGCCUGUCACAGUGAUUAAUGGUAGAGAAUUGCAGAAGCCUCUUAUUGUUCAGCUCUGUGAUCAGUGGGGAAAUCCAUGUCCUGAACCAAAUGUCAAAAUCAGCCUUACAAAGAGUAACAACUUAAAGAUUGUUCCUUCAAACCAGCAACAUAAAACAGAUGAAAAUGGUAGGGCUAACCUGGGAGUUGUUAGUAUUCAUGCACCUAGGGGAGAGCACACUUUACAGCUUAAAUCCUUAUACAACAAGACCACAUUAGAUUGUCCUAUAAUCACAUUAAAUGUCCUGCCUGACCCUGAGAAACCUGUCUGCUUGAAUGUUAAAUUUGACAAAAAUACUUCUUUUCCAGCAGGAGGUACCUUCCCUGAUUUUAUGGUUAGUGUUCUUUCUGAAGAUGACAACAUUAUUAAAAAUAUUAAUCCAGCACGGAUAUCUAUGAAAAUGUGGGAAGCACAGAGCAGUGGAACUAGGAUACCAGUUGAAGUUACAACAUUUAGCUGUAGUAAAGUGAAGGAUGACAAGGAAGAUGGCUUCUUCUACUUCAGGGAUAAAGUGAUUCCAGAGAGAGUGGGCACUUACAGUAUCCAGUUUACCUUUGCAAUGGAUAAGACAAAUAUGCUUCUCAGUGACCAGAUUAUAGUUGAAGUUGUACCUAAUGACCCUGUACGCUUGUUACCUGAUUCUUUACCAGCUACUCCAGCAGUUUCCAAUGUUCGAACUCUUACUAGCCGUACACUGGUCAAGGAUUUAUCCCUCCAUGUAAUGGAUGAAUACAACAACCGCACUGGAAUUGAUCUAGUUGGCAGAAUAAUAGCAAAAAUUAAGAGCCCCAGUGAAGAUGAUAUAGAGAUCCCACAGUUUCAGGGGAAAGUCAGUACAACUGAGUUUCCAUUUGACAGAGGAUCAGCAAAAAUUAAUCUAGUGCUGGCUGAAAACAGUCCUGGAAGAGAUAGCACUGAAUAUAUUCUUGUAUUUGAGCCAGAUCUGCCAGCUUUGAAAAAACCUUUGGAACCAUACCGUCUGUCAUUUAUGUUUUACAACGAUUUCAAGAAGCAGCAACAGAUGGCAACACUUACAAGGGAGAGAGACCAAUUAUCUCAGUCCAUAGGUGUUUACAGAAAUUGGUUUGAUACCACUAAUCAGCUUGUAACUGAAAUGAAAUGUAA